AUGGCUGGAGACUUCUAUGGAAUACCAGACGCGCCCAUUAUAAAUCCAUCGUUUCCGGACAGGGUCGAUGAUGGUGCUCGUCAAAGAUUCAAAAAUGCUUACAAUACUUUGGCGGUUACUCCAAAUGAGGGAAAAUACAAGGUUUGAUUUAAUGUAAAAUUUAGAACCGCGAGCUUGUGCCUAUCGUGCAGUUUAAUGCUGAGUUGGAAGGUACUGAUGCAGCCAAUGCUGAAUAUGUCUAUGAUCAUGAUAGUUUAAUAAUAUCUAAAUACCCAAACACAUAGCUUGUCCUAAGUCUUCGGGUUUUGGCAGUCAACGCCGCUACAAUUUUUUUUCCCUGCAAGGAAAUUUUGCCCGAUAAUCUAAAAGCGAUGCCUGCGGGGGACGCUAAAAGAAAAAUUUAAUCUGAAACAGUUCUAAAAUUGUUUGAAAAUUAUUCUUUCAACUUAACUGCUUUUGCCAAUAAAAACCGUUAAAAUCACGGUAUAAUCUUAUUUCAGCCAUCAAAUUAGGUGAGAUAGUCUAAUCUUCGCGCCUUGCGCCUUCGCGUCUUUUUGUCGCGCCUUUUUUUUCGCGCCUUUUAUCGCUUCUUGCGCCAUUUUUUCACGUCUUUUUUUCCAUCCUUGUUUUGCGUUUUUUUCGAGAUAGUAGUCUACUGAUCUGAAAUAAAGAUCAAAAUCCCACCAAAAAAAUAAAUAUAUAAAGAUCUAGUAAUAAUAAUAUUCAAAUAAAGAUCAAGGUCCCAAAGAUCCACCAUGGAUGAUGCACAAAAUGAAGUCGCUAAUCCACCAUCGUCGGAAAGCGUUAGCCAACGGCCAAGAUCUGUUAUUUAAAAGUCUUCGCAAUCGUGUAAACCACGAACGAAAACUUAGCCGUAGUAAGUUUUUCGAUACUGAAGUCAAAGAGCUUAAAUCCACUAACCCUAAGCUGUGGUGGAAGUCUGUCAAAAACUGUGUGGUAUGGUUCUACUUGCUCGCAGUAAUGAUUUUUAACAUCUUCUAAAUCCUCCCUUAAUAGACGAAGACGUCGACGGAAUAUCUCUUUCAAAUCUUGCUAAUAUCAUCAAUCAAACUUUUCUGUCACCCAUGAAUGUGUUCCGACCUUUAGUUCCUGAUUGUCCCACAUGUCAUGAGUCGUUCCGUAAUACCGGUUACCUUUUGAGAAAUUAUCCAACAUCAAAACUUCGAAGGCAUCCGGUCCCGACACCAUUCCCGGUUAGGUGUUGAAAUAGAACGCCGAUAUCCGGGGUCUUCCAGUUUGCAAGAUUUUAAAUUCAUCCUACCAAGAGAACCGAUUACCGUCGUCCAGUAACAAUAAUUCUUGUAUAUUUUGAGUUUAUUUUGUAUGAAAGUAGCCGAACGAGUUCGUGUUGAUAAACAAAGUCUGAGGCUCUCCAAUCCUUUAAAGUUGUAAAUCCCAUUUCGAGGCGUUACAAAGCUAAUACACCAAGUUUCCUUCUCAAAUUUCUUCUUGUAUGCUUCUGUUUCUGUCAGAAUCGUAACCAAGGCAAAAACGCGAACAACAACCAUACUGUAAUACAAAUAUAUGUAUGUAUGUAUGUAUGUAUAAAUCUUUAUUAAAAUAUUAAAAGCAACACCUCACAACAAACGUGCGGGCUUACAAUUUGCACUUACUUAUCAAUAAUUAUUAUACUAAUUACUGUAUUAGUAUUGAUAUUAUUAAUUAAUAGAGCUAAAAUACCAUUAUUAUAAUGAAUAUUAUAUACAAAAGUGCGGCCCCAGAAUCGGGUGGCGGAUGCGUUAUCCAGUCUUAUUUCCGAUCAGUGGACUAAUGAAAAAAGGCGCGAAACAAGCAUAGAAAAAAGAUGCGAAAAAAUAGCGCGAGACGCAAAAAAAUGCGCGAAAAGAAUGCGCGAAAAAAAGACGCGAAGCGAGACAAAAACACGCGAAAGCGCGAGGGCGAAGAUUAGACUAUCUCAAAUUAGGUUGCUCUCCUGUACAUUUAAGUUUUUCUCUUUUUGCUCUUUUUUACAGUUGCUCUCUUAAGCUAAAUUUGCUCUAUUAAACUAAACAGGAAAAGCAAUGCAGGUUUUUAAAAAAAUUUUAAGCGGCGAAUUUCAUAAACUUUAAACAUUGAAAGUUUGCUAAGCUUGCCCUAUAUUUCUCGAUUUUCCAUAGUAAGAAAUGGAAAGUGAUUAGUUAUGAUAUUUUGAACGAUAUAAUCAUUUUGAAGGAGCAAUUAGACAAACUGCUAAAAUUGCUUGCUGACGACACCAAGAACGCAGGCAAACCAGGAAAAUGUCUCCACAGCAACAGAGAAUGGGAUGAGGCUACAGGUGGAUGGUGGCCAUUUGGAGUACCAUAUCGUUAUGGCCAAAUGAUGAAACUUGCUGAAAAAAAUUAUGAUCAUUUCCAGCCUCAGGCUAAAACAGCCUACGUUGUUGGACAUGAACUCGCAAUUGAGAAAGCUCUUGAAGCAGGUACA